AUGGCGAAAAUUGCCUUGCAAGGCACGUGGUUUGAGCUGCGUCUUGUCGCGGCAGCUGCCGAAGAAAACUACACGACAGUGAACUUCACGUUGGUUCUCCGUCUCGAGUCCCCGUGUCGACUCAUGUCCCCGUGGCAUGCAAGGGCGGGUGUCGACAGCAUGGAUGGGAGCGCAGCAGCGAGGAUAGGAGCGCAGCAGCGAGGAUGGGAGCGCAGCAGCGAGGAUAGGAGCGUAGCAGCGAGGAUGGGAGCGCAGCAGCGAGUAUAG